UAAAGAGAACAGUGAUAAUCAAGAAGGACGAGCCCACACUCCCCAAUUUAAAAUCAAAAGCUGAAAUUGUUACUGAAAAAGCACAAACCCAUCAUCACUCUCCCACCCUUUUCUCUUUGUUGGGGUCUGUUUGUUCCUUCUUUAAGACGGUUCAUAAUAUAUGAUUUGGAUUCUCUCAUCAUUCCCACCUCUUAAAUCUCCUUUCUUUUCAUGCUUUACAGUUUACAUCACCACCUACAAAACUAUCUCUUUUAUCAUCUCUUCUCUUCUCUUCUUAGGGUUUGUUCCCACAAAUCUUGAUCCACAUUCUUGCUUUCUUGUCAUUUUAGGUCUUGUUUUGCAUUCAGUUUCUUGAAAUUUUUUGUGGGUUCUUAUCUUUUUGGGUUAAUUUGCAUUCAGUUUCUUGAAAUGUUGUAAAUUUCUUGGAAAUCUUUGUGGGUUAAUUUUCUUGAAAUGUUGUAAAUUUCUUCGAAUUUUUUUGUGGGUUUCUAUCUUUUUGGGCUAAUUUGCAUUCAGUUUCCUGAAAUGUUGAAAAUUUGUUAGAAAGUUGUUAUCUUUUUGGGUUAAUUUGCAAUCAGUUUCUUGAAAUCUUGUAAAUUUCUUAAUAUUUUUUUGUGGGUUCCUAUCUUUUUAGGUUAAUUUGCGUUCAGUGUCUUGAAAUGCUGAAAAUUUCUUGUAAACUUUUGUGGGUUCUAAUCUUUUCGGAUUAAUUAAGGUCUGAAGAUUCAUAAAAUGGCAGAAACUAGAGUUAAAAAGGUGGAACAAGGGCAAACAAAGAUCAGAAAUGUACCAAUUGCAGUAACCCCUGAAGGAUUCUGGUGUUGUCCUUCACCUGUUAUGUUUCAAAAAACCCUAAAAACACAACACCCUUUAAACAAACCAAGAUCAUCAUCAUCCCCACCUACCAAAACCCCUUCUGAUCACAAAAAACACUCACAAGAACUUGACAAGAAAUCAUCAUCACGUGCAUCAUCAAAGUCAGAAACUGUUGUUACUGAUGAUCAAAGGAAAAACGGGUCCAGUUUCGGGUUCGAACAACAACAACAACAACCGGUUGUUGGUGCAGCUGAAAGAACAACAGCUGUAAGGCCACAGACCACUGAAAACUUGCCAAGAAAGGUGUCUAUUGAGUUUGGUGAAGCUGGAACAGGGGAUUUGAAAGUUGUGUUGUUUGGUAAACAAGGGUUUAUUGUGAAGUUGAGUGUUCAUAAAAGUGUUGUUGAAGAGAAUAGUACUUUUUUCGCUCACAAGUUGUUGGCGCAACAUCCGACUUUUCAUUGUAUUGAGAUUGAUGAGUGUGAGGAUGUCGAAACAUAUGUUGAGACUGUUGGGUUGAUGUAUUGUAAGGAUUUGAAGCAGAGGUUGAUCAAGCAAAGUGUUUCGCGGGUGCUUCGAAUUCUUAAGGUGGCAGAGCAACUCGGGUUCAAGACAUGCAUGGAAUCAUGCUUAGAUUUUCUGGAGGCGGUCCCGUGGGUAGGAGAGGAAGAAGAAGAACGGGUCGUGUCCUCUGUUUUACGUCUUCAAAGCGAAGGAAUCGGGGUUAGCCCGAUUCUAAAACGGGUCGCUUCAGAUGUUUCCAAACCCGCUAAAGACACCCUCUCUCAUGUCCUCCAACUUGUCCUCAAAAGCAAUGAAGAAAAAGGACGCCGCGAAAUGAAAUCAAUCGUCUUAAAACUCUUGAGAGAAAAUAAUAACAAGUCUGGUCCAAACGUGAGCUCGUUAACCUCGGUUGACAUAUGUAACGACACCAUUUACGCCUCGUGUACAACCUGUUUGGGUUCGUUGUUGGUUUUGUUCCGACAAGUGGCCCAACCCGAGUUUACACAACAACCAAUUGAGGUCAAAGACCCCGUGGUCAAACAAAUGGUUUUAGAAGCCGAUAACCUUUCAUGGUUACUUGAUAUAUUAGCCGAUAGACACGCAGCCGACGAGUAUGCCGUCAUGUGGGCUAGCCAGCAAGAGCUAGCCGGGCUACACCCUCGUGUCCCAAUAGUGAACCGCCACCACAUUAGCUGUAUAACCGCAAGGUUAUUUGUUGGGAUAGGAAGAGGCGAAAUUUUAUCGAGUAAAGACACCCGUCAUUUGUUGUUAAAGACCUGGUUACAGCCUUUGAUUGACGAUUACAGCUGGCUACAACACGGGUGCAAGUCGUUUGAUCGAAAGGUUGUGGAGGAAGGGAUCGGGAGGACUAUAUUAACACUCCCACUCGAGGAUCAGCAGAUUGUUAUGCUCGGGUGGUUGAGUAGUUUCUUGAAAGCGGGUGAUAACUGCCCGAAUCUUCAAAAAGCAUUCGAGGUUUGGUGGCGUAGGACGUUUGUUAGACCGUACACAGAACAAAGCAACUCGCAGCCGUUGGAUUAACUUGUUUGCCGCUCAGGAUCGACCGGAUGUGUAAUCGUGUGGAUUUCGUUUAUGGAUUUGUGUUUUAAGAAUUGGGAUGUUACUAAUCGACGUUUUUAAUAAUCGUAUAUCGUAUAUGUAACUUAUAUGUAUGUAUAUACUUUAUAAAUUUGAGACAUGGGAUCUAAACAUAUGACCAACAUGGAACAUGGUCCAAUUUGUGACA